AUGACAGCAGGAAAACUAUCACCAUUGGACUUUCAAUUCUGCGAAUGCAUUGGCGAAGGCUCUUACUCUAAAGUGUAUAAAGGGGUGUAUCUUCGAAACCAUAGAACGUAUGCUGUUAAGGUACUUUCUAAAGCGCACAUUCAGAGAGAGAACAAGAGGAAGUAUGUUAAUAUAGAGAAGAAUACUAUGAGUAUAUUGGGGAGGCAUCCUGGAAUAGUGACUCUGUACUAUACGUUUCAAGACUCCAAGUCUCUUUAUUUUGUGAUUGAUAUGGCCAAGAAUGGUGAGUUGCUUUCAUUGAUUCAACGGCUGGGCUCUUUAAGUGAACAGUUAUCUCGUUAUUAUAUGAUACAAUUAGUGGAUGCGUUAGAGUUUGUUCAUUCUAAGGAGAUUAUACACCGGGAUUUGAAGCCAGAAAACAUAUUGCUUACCCACGACUGGAAGCUGAUGAUAACUGAUUUUGGUGCUGCCAAGAUACUUAAAGGUGGUGAAGGAGGUGAGAAUGGAGUUGAGUUUGAUGGUGACGAUGCAAAAAGUGAAGGAUCGUCUGGUUCUACUGAGAACUGUGUUGCUAGCAACGGCUCAUUCGUUGGAACUGCUGAAUACGUUUCACCCGAGCUUCUCAAGCACAAUGUGUGCGGAUUUGAGGGUGAUUUAUGGGCAUUGGGAUGUAUAGCGUACCAGAUGAUAGUAGGAAGGCCUCCAUUCAAGGGGGCUACAGAAUAUGAGACAUUCGAGAAGAUUGUUGGACUUGAAUACUCAUUUCCCGUGAACUACUUUGUCCCUGAACAAAUCAAAGACCUCGUGAAGAAUUUGUUAGUUACCAAACCUGAAGAAAGAUAUACUAUCGAGGAUGUGAAACAUCAUAUUUGGUUCAAAGGGGUGAACUGGGAAGACAAAGAUUCGAUUUGGGCCACUCAGACUCCGAAAUUGGAGCCUUAUAACCCGAAAAGGUGCGAGUUGAAUUACAGACUACGACAUUCUCCAAGAAAGCCAAUGCAUCUUACCCCAGGAAGUCUGGCUUCAGUUCCUGGGUACUAUAUGGAUCCAGGUGGAAUGGAUGGACUUCCAAAAGGUGUUCUGAGAGCACAGAUCAAGCAGUCUCAAAGCAAUAUGCAGCUAUUGAACCGUGUUGCUGGAUAUAGGCCUGGGCAGCCCUUACCACAGCCGUUAUUGCGACCUCUACCUCAACCUUUAGCGCAACCUCUACCUCAACCUUUAGCGCAACCUCUACCUCAACCUUUAGCGCAACCUCUACCUCAACCUUUAGCACAACCAGAAAAACCAAAGAGAUCUCCACAGUUGGGACCUCCUGUACCCUCAAGAUUAAUAGUCAAGCGUAACAGCUUAGAAUUUGCAAGCUCGGAAAGUUCCCCUUCCACAUCUAGGUCGGGGAUGAAUGGUACGCCUAUAGAUUCUACCCUAGCCAGCCGUAAGGUGCCGUCAAGCAUUAUCAAUAGACUCACAGAUGGAGAGACUAUCAUCAAGCUUGACAAUAUAUUUAUGUCCGAACUCACACACAGACCAAAUCAGUUUGUUCCACCUGGCAAAACUCUAACUGAUGUAAUCCUCAACAAUAUCAUCACAGACAACUAUCAUGUUCUCAAUAAGGAUAUCAAAUUGUGCAUACUAGUGAUCACUUCAAAAGCAAGACUAUUCAUCUAUGAAAUAUGCACUGAAACACGGCCACCAGCAAAGACAUUUUAUUCACGAAUGUUGGAGAUCAAACUAAACAGCAAGACCGUUUCUAUGUACGACUACGAGUUCGAUGAAGAGCUGAAAGAAGGAUACCUUAUUCUGGAACUUAAGAACAUAAACAAACUGAUCUUCUUAAGUGCGUAUAAUCCGGAGACAUCGAUCCAUGGGGGUAUUAAAGUUGGAUUUAAGGUGAGUGAGAAGUUAUCAUGGAUAGAUGCAUUAAUGAAGGCUAAGCAGCUGCUAAAGAAUGGGAAGAGACAAGUACAGAAACAGUCAAAGGCACGCCAUAACUACAAAAGAAUCUCUCAUGCAUCACCGCAAAUACCAUCGAGGAAUCUUGUGGAAGGAAUGAGGAAGAUGAGAAUCAAAGACACUUCGAAAGAUGCGAUAGCUGCAGCAGCAGCUGCUGCCGUUGGAGCCGUUGGAGCCAAAAAGCCGAUGUAG